AUGAACUGUACACCCAUCGACUCGCGCGCUACCCCGUCAGCGGUCUUCGCGUUCAACUCGACGGCUGGCCGCGCACUGUGUCGACAAAUCAUCUCAGCGCGUUUCGGAUACGAUCCCCACGACUACCAGCUCGACGGCGUGACGAGAGCUCUCGACGGCCUCGACAUCCUCGCGAUUACACCUACAGGGUCCGGAAAGACAGGCUUUCUCACGAUGUACCUCGUCGUGAUGCAAGCUGUGAUGGAGCAGCCGCUGUUGCUGCCUUCACCUCCCUCAAGACAUUUCCAGCAUCGGGCCGCUAUGGUCGUCGUGUGCCCGACAAUUGCGCUGCAGGUUGAUAUGGCCACUAAGUUCACGGCUUGCGGUCUCCGCCCGAUAGUCAUCAACAAGGAUGCAUUGACUACGGCGCGCCCUCGGAACCUUUGGGACGACGUCCCCGACAGCGAUGUCCUACUUGUUGCACCCGAGCAGCUCGACAAGAAGGGCUUCGAGCGUCUGGUGAACAACUCGGCUUACAAGAUGCGCGUCGUUGCGCUCGGAGUCGACGAGGCACAUCUCCUCAACACGUGGGGGAAGACAUUCCGACCAGAGUUCGAGAAGAUUGGGCCGACGCGCAUGCGUUUCAACCAGCCGGUUGUUAUCGCUCUUACGGCCACCCUCCGUGCCGGUCCACCUCUCCGGGCUGUCUACGACUCGCUCGGGCUGUAUGAAGGACCCAGGUUUCAUCUCAUCCGACGCUCCAAUGCCCGCCACGAUCUCCGCAUUAUCAUCCGCCUCAUGAAGUCGACUGUCAAUGCCACGGCCUUCCCCGAACUGGAAUGGGUUCUUUCAGCCCGCCGCAAUAUUCUCAUCUUCUGUCGCACACUCAAAACAUGUCACGACAUCAUGUCCUACCUCGACUUUCAGCUCAAGUGCCAUGCUGCGACCGGUGACGAGUUGGCUCCCCGUGUUGAGGUCCGGUCCCACAACGGACUGAACUGGCCUUCGUACAACGACACUACCCUCGACCACCUGCGUUCCGGGAGCGACAACAUGUUUUCAGUGGUUCUGGCGACCGACACGCUCUCUGUUGGGAUUGAUGUCGCAUGA